UGCAGAGAACUUGAUGUACCAGUUGCAGAGAGGAGCAAUUACCAGAAGGAGGCUCUAUAACCAGAAGCUCUGGUUAUUUAUAGAGGGAGGCUCUAUAAAUAACCAGAAGCUCAAACACCGUUCUUCGUGCCAAGCUCUCCUCUCUCCGUCUCUCUCUCUCUCUCUCUCUCUCUGUUAUCUUUACAAAGGAAGGAAGGAAGGAACAAGUCUCAUCAGUCAUCACCUUUCCUGUUCUAUCUCGGUAAGAACUCUCACCAGAGUGCAGUGGUUUUUCUUAACACUGGCAGUUUGCAGCAUGCCAACACUCGGGACGACCUCUCGAUUUCCACUCUUAAUGCUCCUGGCAACACUCUUCCAUCUCUCAUAUGGCGAUGUUGGCACCUGUGCCCACUACAGACCACCAUAUUUACCCACUGCCUGUUAUGGGAACUCACCAUCACAUUUCCCAUCAAGCAAGAUGUUUGCCGCGGCCGGCGAGAGAAUAUGGGACAAUGGCGCCGCCUGUGGAAGACAGUACCAGGUGAGAUGCAUCAGUGCAGCUGUCCCGGGAACUUGUCUUCCAGACCAAAUCAUUCAGGUUAGGAUUGUUGAUCGAGCACAAACAUCAAGGUCAAGGCCUUCAUCGAAUGGGGCUACCAUAGUCCUCUCCUCUACUGCUUUUGGCACCAUUGCAGAUCCUUCGGCAAGAUUGGUUAACGUAGAAUUCCUACAGGUUUGAAGAAGAAGAAGAAGAAGAAGAACAGUUGUUUCUAGAUAAAGUGCAAGGGUUAGUUGAGAUUAAGUCAACGUGAUGAGUUACAUGGGUUAGCAAGCUAGCUAUUCGUAUUAAUUGUGUGUUUGUGUUUAUCAAUUACUUGUUCAUUGAAUCGAAUAAGAAGCAUUUUAUUAAUAAAUUACAUUUCUUUUU